GUUUCUCCCCUCCCGCUGCCCGAGCGAGCCACACGGCUGCGGUCCCCCCUCCCCUCCCUUCCCUCCCUCCCUCCCUCCCAUCCCCCCCUCCCCGAGACCACCGGACCCCGAACCCAGGGUGACGCUCCCCAGUUCCCCCACCCUGACCCUGGCAUCAUGCAUCGGACCACAAGGAUCAAAAUCACGGAGCUGAACCCUCACCUCAUGUGUGCCCUCUGUGGGGGGUACUUCAUUGAUGCCACUACCAUUGUGGAGUGCUUGCAUUCCUUCUGCAAAACCUGCAUCGUGCGCUACCUGGAGACCAACAAGUACUGCCCCAUGUGUGAUGUGCAGGUCCAUAAAACCCGCCCACUGCUCAGCAUCAGAUCUGACAAAACCCUCCAAGACAUUGUCUACAAAUUGGUCCCUGGGCUUUUUAAAGACGAGAUGAAACGGCGACGGGAUUUCUAUGCAGCAUACCCCCUGACAGAGGUCCCCAAUGGCUCCAAUGAGGACCGCGGUGAAGUACUAGAGCAGGAGAAGGGGGCUCUGAGUGAUGACGAGAUUGUCAGCCUUUCCAUUGAGUUCUAUGAAGGUGCCAGGGACCGGGAAGAGAAGAAGGGCCCCCUGGAGAAUGGGGAUGGGGACAAGGAGAAGACAGGGGUGCGCUUCCUGCGAUGCCCGGCAGCCAUGACGGUCAUGCAUCUUGCCAAGUUUCUUCGGAACAAGAUGGAUGUGCCCAGCAAGUACAAGGUGGAGGUUCUGUAUGAGGAUGAGCCGCUGAAGGAAUACUACACCCUCAUGGACAUUGCCUACAUCUACCCCUGGCGGCGGAAUGGGCCUCUCCCCCUCAAGUACCGAGUCCAGCCGGCCUGCAAGCGGCUCACCUUGCCCACAGUGCCCACUCCCUCUGAGGGCACCAACACCAGUGGGGCAUCCGAGUGUGAGUCUGUCAGCGACAAGGCUCCCAGCCCUGCCACCCUGCCGGCCACCUCUUCCUCUCUGCCCAGCCCAGCCACCCCUUCCCAUGGCUCUCCCAGCUCCCAUGGGCCCCCUGCCACCCACCCUACCUCCCCGACUCCCCCUUCGACAGCCAGUGGGGCCACCACAGCUGCCAACGGGAGCACCUCGAACUGCCUGCAGACACCAUCCUCCGCCAGCAGGGGGCGCAAGAUGACUGUCAAUGGAGCGCCCGUGCCCCCAUUAACUUGAGGAAAGGGACCCGUUCCUUCUUUCCAGCCAUGCCUCUCCACUCCCUCCACUUUUUCUGGGCCCUUUUUUUCCAUCUCUUCUACUUUCCCCAGCUCCUCCCACCUUGGGGGUGGGGGGAGGGUUUUAUAAAUAAAUCUCUAUAUAUAUGUACAUAGGAAAAACCAAAUAUACAUACUUAUUUUCUAUGGACCAACCAGAUUAAUUUAAAUGCCACAGGAAACAAA